UAGCUCACACAGGGCAGGAGCGUAGUGAGAUUUAUUUUGUAUUAUUUCUUUGCACCAUCACUGCGCGUGACCCUUUGAAAAGAGGUUCCUUAAACUCUUAAUUUGAGGCAAGGAGGCAACAGCGAAAGGCUGAGGGUCCAGGGUGGUCCCUGAGUCCAGCUGAAAGACAGAAGCCAGGAUCUCUCAGUUCAAACUUCUGGGUUCCCUGGCAUUUCCCAUAUGUAUUCUCUGGGACAACACUGCGCCUCUACCACCACUGGCUAUUCCUGGUCUCAGCUCGCGUGUGACGCUACAGUUCCCAGAUGGACACAGAGUACAACUGCGAGCAUUAAAACCUCAGGAGCCACCAGCAAUGUCAUGCUCUGCGAGUUUGCCCAGCAGCAUGGUGUGACAACAUGAUAACUGGGGACUCAGCGGAAAGUGAGAGCCCAUUCACAUGAGAGCCCAUACUGUAAUGGUGUGGCAAUGCAAUAAUUGGGGAAUCUGCAGACAGUGAGAGCCCAUUCACGUGGGAGCCCAUACUGUAUCCUGCUUCCGCCACAGGGCCAGGCCUCCAGGGAUGAGGCUCCAGCUCCAGCUUCCAGGAUGAAGAGCAAGAUAACAUCCCGGCGGUUCCCAGCUGGCAAGCCUCGCACCUCUUCCCCACUGCCCCUUCUCUGUACUGGCAUGGCUCCUUCACGGCCCUGUUGGCCGCAGAAGCAGCAGCCAAAGUUUCCUCCCAUUAAAACAGCCUCUCAAGUUAUUUCAGAGAGGGAGGGGACUUUGGUUUCUGCUUCUGUGCUAGGCCGAUCGGGACGGAUCCCAGACGCCCGUACGGAGGAGUACAGGUUGGGGCAGCUAAUAAGAUCAGGUAGGAGGAAAUGCCCCUUCCCAGGUCCCCCCCUCCUGCCCCAGACUGGGGCUAAUGUGGCUGGGAGCCAGGCGCUUGCUGAUGUCUCCGUUUUCUUUGCAGGGAGGGAGCCUUUCCCCAACAUAUACUUUGUUCUGGUCAAAUCCCUGGAGAGAUGUGACGACCCUCAGGGCCACACCUCCAAGGAUGAGGCUCCAGCGCCUGCUCCCGGGACGAAGAACGACAGACCAUCACGGUGGUUCCCAGCCCCUGACCCUUGCCUGCCUCCCCCUCCGUCUGUUCUCCGUGUGGGCAUGGCUCCUUCCCGGCCCUACUUGGCGCAGAAAGAGGAGCCAAGGUUUCCCCCCAUCAAGAACACCUCCAGAGUUAUUCCGGAGCCGGGGGAGACUUGGGUUGCUGCCUCUGUGCCAAGCCGGCCGGGACGGAGCCCAGACACCCGUACGGAGGAGUUCAGGUUGGGGCAGCUAAUAAGAUCAGCGAGGAGAAGGUUCAGCCUGGGAGCUGCUGCAUCCUGGGAGGGACUGGAGCCCAGACAAAGGCCUCUCACCCCAGAGGUACUGGGACAGAGGGAAGGACAAAGACCCCCAUUGGGAGGCAAAGUGUGGAAAGGCUCAGAGUUCAGAGAGCGAGGAGACUUUGGCUGCGGCGUCUGUGCCAGGCUGGCUGGGACAGAGCCCAGACGCCCGUACGGAGGAGGACAGGUUGGGGCAGCUGAUAAGAUCAGUGAAGGAAAAGUUCAGUCGGGGAACUGCCGCAUUCCGGGAGGGACUGGAGCCCAGACGAAGGCCUCUUGUCUCAGAGGGUCUCCUUUCUCCAUCACUGUGGCUCCUGCAGAAGCACCCUGUGUAAAAAGAACAGAUAAGAGGAAGGAAAAAAUUGCAUGGAGCUGGGAGAACACCCUACAAGUUGAGUGUCAACAGAGAAUGGAAGAACAACCUUCUUGCAUGAGAGCAGAAAGGAGAUGCUCUCGUCCGGAAGGCCAUGCUUCAAGAGAAUGGUUUCCGUUGCCAGCACCCAAGCUGAUGGACACAGAGCGAAACUCCGUCUUCCGUGGCAUUCCAGUUUUGACUUUCUGGAUUGUAUUGUCCUUCCAAGUUGCUGGAGGAAUCCAUGCUACUCAGCGCCUUACAUGUCUUCUGGGAUGCCACGCAUGCUGUCUGAAUGUGCCAGUCCCUGACGAGAGGAGAAGGGCAUCACUGGCAUAGGUUAAAGCUCAAAAAAGAAAUUGGAGGAACUGGUCGCCUUUGAUAUGCCAAUGAUUAAAUAAUAUAAUGUGAUAAAGAUUGUUAAAGAGUAAAACUAACAAGCAGUUUUCUUUCCUUCUCUGCCUUCUCUGA